ACGCGGCUACAAGGAGCGGAGCGGCUGCAACACGCACACACACGCACACGCGGAAACACACAUACGGCCACCAGCGCCCACCGCACGCAAACAACAAAGUGUUUCAUUUCCUUUUACUCCUUCAGGAGUUUCGUUUCACGCCGCAGACCGACGGUGUUUCGCGGUGUCGCCGACAGGUCGGAGAACUGAACUUCUUCCUGAGGCGCUCCAGAAUCUCUGUUGAAAGUUGGAUUACAGCGCAGCGACCUGAACUGAGAGGGAAUAAAGCUGCUCAGAGGAUGAGCAUUUGGGAUAUCAGCGGAGCUCAGUGCUGUCAACGGCUGUGUGGCGUGUGUAGAUAAGCCCCUUAUGAGGUGAAAAUCCCUCCCCAUCCUGCAGUAUCCCCUCCCAGCACCACCAGCAGCUGUCUAGUGAAUAAGGGAUGUCACGGCUGUUCCUCUUUUUGGCAGUCCUCAUUGUCUCGUGCAGCAUCCAGAUGUCUCCUGCUGCUACCCUGGAUAAACUGAAGGACGACUGGAAACGGUAUAGGACAGAAUGUGAAUACAACAACAGUCAAUACCCGCCCAGCAGUGGUCUUGUGUGCAACAGGACGUUUGACGACUAUGCCUGCUGGCCUGACGGAUUCCCCAACACCACCGUCAGUGUGGAGUGCCCGUGGUAUUUGCCAUGGUACCAUAAAGUUCAACACGGCAUGGUAUAUCAGGACUGUGAUGCCAACGGCCAGUGGGUGACUAAGUACAAUACCACUGAGUGUGAAAUCCAUAGUACAAACCAGAUUUAUUAUAGAUGUAUCUGGAUCAUGUACACAGUGGGUUAUUCCUUGUCCUUGGUGGCGCUAGUACUGGCUCUUGGUAUUCUUAUAUUUUUCAGAAAACUUCACUGCAUGAGGAACAAUAUCCACAUGAACCUGUUUGCUUCCUUCAUCCUGCGAGCCCUUUCGGUCCUAAUCAAAGAUGCUCUGCUGGAGGCCAACUUCACAUCGCAAAAGAUCAGCGGAGACAGGGACCAGGGGUUCCCCAGUGAAUCAAUACCCCCAGUGGAGCUGCUGACCACAGUUAGCUGUCGCACUGCCGUGGUGAUGAUGCAGUACAGCAUCAUGGCCAACAGUUACUGGCUGCUGGUGGAAGGCAUCUACCUCCACAACCUGCUGGUCAUUACCGUGUUCACGGAGAGGAACUACUUCAAAAUCUACCUGUGCAUUGGUUGGGGAACACCAUUAAUAUUCCUUGUUCCUUGGGCAGUCUCUAAAUAUUUAUAUGAAAAUAAAGAGUGCUGGGAGCAAAACACCGACAUGAAUAUCUGGUGGAUAAUCCGAGCGCCGAUACUGCUUGGCGUUGUGAUCAACUUUAUUAUCUUUAUACAUAUCAUCAAAAUUCUUGUCUCAAAACUUCGAGCACACCAGAUGAGAUACACAGAUUAUAAAGUCAGGUUGGCGAAAUCAACUUUAACACUGAUUCCUCUUCUGGGUAUCCAUCAGAUUGUCUUCAUCUUCCUGCCUGAGGAGACCACCAACAAGAGCUUGCAUUUACGUCUCACUAAGCUCUUUAUUGACCUCUUUUUCUCCUCCUUCCAGGGUCUCCUGGUGGCGAUCUUGUACUGUUUUGUCAACAAAGAAGUGCAAUCUGAGAUUCUGAAGAAGUGGAAGCGCUGGAAGCUAGGGAGGAACAUCGAGGAGGAAUAUCGCCACACCUACAGCAACUCCAACAACACUAAGACUGCCAGCCUGCUGAACCACAUCCCUCGGCUUCCCCACCUCCCAGACAUCGCCAAAUCUUCUGGCCCGGUCUGCCGUCCCGAAGAGCAAACGUGGCUCGUGGCUUGCUGCCACAACGGGAUGGUCCACGGCAAGGAGACAGAAAACUCCAGCUCGCAGCAGAACGAAGGAACCAGCAACUGCACCCUUGUGGAGGACAUCAGCCAGUCGGGGAAGACGCAGUGUUAUGAGGUUCAGAGAGAGAAUGUUGAGAGCCACCUUUAAAAGAAAGAAGGAGAAAGGACUUUCGGAAGGAAGUUAGACGGCUUUGAGCUCUGAUGGAGCUCUGACUGAAAGCCCUACUUGGGUUUUGAAGCGGUGUGCCGACUGAUUCACUUGUGGGAGCAGUCGUCAGUCAUCAGUGUCACCGGGAGACGCAGCGGCUCUCAGCCCUGUAAUAUGACAGCAGUAUGGCAGACAUCCAGACCAGGAUGCUCAGUGUGCUGUGAGUCUUGUGAAUGGAUGUUUUGUCAUUUUAAUUAUAUAAAGCUGCUGCCUGUUGAACAAUUUUACAAACAAUAUCAACAAAACACAAAUAACUACAAUAGAAAUACAAAAAAACCCCCCCAAAAACACACCAAGUCCUGGCGUGAGUCUUUGCUUCAGUGUUUAGCAUCUGACAAAUGUGUGUUUUGUGGUACAACAAACUGGAUAUUGGACUGCGCACACAAUAAACAAGACCAAAUGACACGGAACAAGAAGGACAGAAGGGAUUGCUUUUUGUACUCUAUAUGCUCUGCUCUGGUGCAUGUAUGUUGCUAUCUUGUUCAUACUGAUUUGAACGAAACUGUACAGAGAAAGGAAGAAAAAAAAACAUUCUGGUGACUUUACAGUGAAGUAACCAUAGUUAUUGUGGAUGGGAAAAAGGCAGCUGCUCCCCCCAGGUCCUACCUGGCAUAGAAAAACAAAUAAGAUUGAGGUGUAAAGAACUAAAUGAAUAACAUUGCUUUUCUUUUGGUAUUGCUGAGUGUUACAGUUUUAUAUUGGUCACAGUUGUGAAAGUAUUAAUACCCCUUUUUCACAUUUUGUUGCGUUACAAAAACACAAAUUUCAUUGAAUUUUGUUGUAAUUUUAUGUAAAAGACAAUCAGAAAGAAGCACAUUACUGGCAAACUAAAGACAGAAUAUUUAAGGUUUUUAUUUUUGUUUUAAAAAUAUUAAUCUGAAGAGUGGUACGCAUUUAUAGCCAUGCCACUGUCAUAAUAUUUUAGCUACUCUAAGAUGUUCUUCCAGCAUUGCCCUUUAGAAAUAUUCCUUUAGAUGCUUCGCUUUGCUGUAACAAUCAAAUCUGACUUGCUUCAGUGUUUCUCUGAAAGAAAAGCAUCCCCACCGCAUUAAGCUACUCCCACCAUUUGGAAGGUCUGUUCAGGAUAUUAAGUGUUAUUUUUCAGGUACAUAGUGACAUCAAGAGCUUUGAUUCACCUCAGAAUUGAAGUCAUCGUCAUGUUGCCGGGUCCAGUUCUUGUUGAGCUAUAAUUUGUUCAAGAACUAUUUGACACAUGGUUCAAUUCAUGAUAGGUGAGCAGUGGUCAGGUCAAGUUUCAUAUCCCCAAAACAUGACACCUCCACCUCUGUGCUUCACAGUUGGGACGAGUUGGUUCUUUUCUUAAAAUGUUGUCAAAAUACCUCAGAUUUAGAUGAAUCUGUUUAAAGAAUAUAAUUCCUAUAUAAGUCCUAGUCUUUGUCUGUUGCUUAGAGAGCAAGUCUUUCCUUCUUGUACACUUAUCAUUGAAGUUAACUCUGAUUGUUUAGUUUAUUUUUGAUACUUUUUUUAGCAUCCUGUUUUCUGCUUUCAAGGUGGACUGUGAUAAGUAGAGUUAUGUGUUCUGGCAGUUGUUUUAAAUAUCCUCCAUGUAUAGACUGUUUUCUGGAAAGUGGAAUGACUUAUUUUGUUCUUUUGAGACUUCUUUAAAUUCAGUAUAAGAUUCAUAAGAGCCUACAAUAUUAAUUUUAAAGGUUGCAGAUGGCUCUUUAGAUCCAACCAUGGUGUUCAACUCUCAGUUCAGCGAUCGAAAGCACACCUAGUUAAAUGUCUGAGAUUUAAAAAAUACAAGCUGCCUUCAAAACUCUGGCUAAGUGCGAUAAGCUUAUGUGUACAUUUAGUCUUUUAAAACUGGAAUUUAUGUGGGACGUCCUAAUUUAUUUCUCAAUACAUUGAUGAUUGUUAUUAACAUUUGGCAGAAAAAUUCAAUGGAUGGAUGUUUCUAAAGGCGACUUUGCACUGGAUUUUAUUUAUGGGUAUCAGAAACUAAGGAGAAUGAAAACGCAUAACACAAACUUCAGAUUUUUUUUAAUUCGCAAAAUUAAAAGACAACAUGUCUCAUCAACAAUUUUGGUUGAUUUGCCACAUAAAAUAUCAAUAAACAGAUUGAAGUUUGUGCUUUUAAUACGACAAAAUGUAAAAAAUUUUAAAAAAUAGUCAAAGGGGUAAGACGUUUUGCAAGGCACCUUAAACUGUAUGUAGAAAAAGUGCCAACCAUGUGCCGCUACAAUCAAUGCAAAAACAAGCCAACAAACAACCAAGUGAAGCCACAUUUCCAUCACUUCAUAAUGGAUCAGUGUUACUCAGUGUGACCCAGCACCUCCAAAACAGUGUAUGUUUGCAGUAUUACCUUGCCAGUUUAGCAGAUAUGUAGAGCUAUAACUACCAACGUAUGAGAAUCAUUCACAAAGUAUUAACGUAUGCCAUAAAGUGACAUCAAAUACCGUACAAAUGUGAGUCAGAAGGUGCUAGUGGUUACAGGCGCCAUAUUUCUCCAUGGACAGUGUUUACCAUGCAACCACAUCCUGAAAGUAGAACAAAGCUUCUCCAGUUAGCUUUUAGAUGCUAAUGUUAGCGGUACAGUUGCUUGUAGAUAAAAAGCGAUGACCACCUACAGAGCAUUAAUCAAGCUUUGAGUUCCUAGCUGAUCUGCGUGAGCUAUGUAACAUGAUUUUUGUGUGAAUGACUAUUUGCAUGGUGUUAAUUUAUAACAGCUAAAUGUUAUAUGCACAUAUGUGAGAGUUUAUAUGCAUAAUUUAGCCUUCUUGUGAAUGUGUGUUUAUACAGGGUAUGAGUACUUUUGACGUUAUUAUUCCAGAUAUGUGGAUGUAUUACACUAAGAGGAAAUACAUCCGCAGCCAAAAGGCUGCUGAAGAAAAACAGAGGAGCACAGAGGUUAAAGGCCGUUACAAAUCAGUCAAACUCUGGCAUUGCGCAGAACAGGACCACAGGACCUUCCCAGAAUUCAUGCCAAUAUAGUUUGUAAAGAAGAAAGAGCUCUGGCCUUUAUUUCAAAGUCCUGAUGGACCUCAGAGCAAAUUUGAGCACUACAGCAACAUUUUUGUUGUGUCAGAUAAUUGUUCUGCUCCCAGCCAGUUUCUACCGUUGAGUGGGUAGGAAAAAAAUGCAGGCAGAAGCUAUUUUCCAUCAGCCGAGGGUUGUCACAGAGCAAGUAGACAUCCAAUAAUUGAGCUGGGAGCACGGUGCUCACACAGGUGCUGCAGAAGUGGAAGGAAAUGCUUGCACACUCAAAACAAAUGAGUGAUGACUGGUUUCGGCAAAACAGAUGUAUAUUGCUAUUUUCAUUUCAAAGUAAAAUCUGUAUUUUAACAAACUCUGACUUGUCGGACUGACUCCUCUUCGUCUGAAUGUAUUGUUGGAAAGGCUCAAAUCAAUAUGUUUCUUUACUCUUCUAGUCACGGUCGUUACAUAAAGUAUGAACAGGUUAGUGGAAGCUGACCACAUUCAGGUGUAAACAGUCUGUCAUAUAUUGUAUUAUAUCUGUGCAAGUGGUCAAAGAAUAAAAUUUUAUGUAUGUGAAAUAUGAA